CAUUUAUCGACGAUGCCAAAAAACUUAAUCCGAAAAUAAUUGACUUUAAUAAAUCUACAAAAGAAGCAGAAUUUAAUUCGAAUAGUUCGCAUAAUUCAUUGACUUUAGAAUCUCGACAAAUAGGUAUUUCACUCUUAGGCGGAACUGGCAUAAUGCACAAUCAUAGAAAUGUUUUUAGUGCAGGUUUCUGGGUGCGCUCAAGGGGCUUAACGUACCUAGUAACUUGCGGUCAUUGUGCAGCAGGCGGAACCAAGAAUCCCGAUGGAUUUAUUGAUUUUUAUUAUACACCAUGGAAUGAUGUAUCUAAUUUCUCGCCUGAAGAUUAUAUUGGACCAAUGACUAUGUCCGACGUCGCGGUUGUUGAUAGGGCAUUCAUCUUAAGAAAUAAUAGCAGAUUCAUCCCCAGCCCAAAUAUAAAAAAUUCAGAUUUUCGAGUGUAUCCAGAAUUACAAAUAUCUGAUGUUAUUUUAGGACCAGAUCAAUCUAUGAUUGGACUCCCUGUGUGUAAAUCUGGUUAUAGAACGCAUGUCUUAUGUGGCGAAUUAAGAUCGGUUAAUGCAAAAAUUAUUCAAAGCGGAAAAAAUUAUGAAAACAUGAUUUUAACAUCCCAUAUAGGUAAACAAGGGGAUAGCGGUGCACCUGUGUUUAUAUUUAGUGAUGUAUUUGCUUUAGGUCCAUUGAGAGUUCAUCUUAUUGGAAUGCUUAGUGGUACUUCUGAGAGUGAUACUUUCAACUCAGUUACACCAAUAUUCAAAAUUUUAAAGGACAAUAU